UUUCUCGCCUCUUCUUUCCUCGCCCUUUUUUCGCCCUUUCUUUUGCCGUUUCGCGGCGUAAAUCUUUGCUUCUUGUGCGAGUUUUGUUGGUUCUUUUUGUGGUGGUUUUUUUACGGUGUUAACGCGUUUAUUUCUGAAGUACUUGUCAGUUAAACCCUUCAUAUUCGUUGCGGUACGAAUGUGAUGGAACUGAUUCGUAUUUCUGCUAUGGUGGAGUUAGGAGUUUAAUACUGGUUACAAUUAUAGAUAAUGUAAUUUGUAUUGGUGCAAUGUAAUUAUAAUGUUCAGGACUGUACUCCACACUCCAUUUCCUCAAAAAGGAAGGCAUAAAUCAGCAAACUUUUUCCUUAUUUUUUCACAAGGAAUUACGCGAUGUCCACUUUUACACGAUAUUAUCCACCCUGUGUUUACAAGUCCGGUGUUCAACAAAGAAACGUAGAUUCUUCAGUUCAACAUAGAAACGUAUAAUAUAACAUAGAAGUACAUAGAAACGUACAGACUACAUGAAGUACAAAAUACGAAGUGAUUUGAAAGGGUGUGGUAAAAACGAAAGAGGAAACGGUGUUGAUCGUAUCCGGAAAUCGACGAUGCCGUCUGACAUCAUCGAAUUACGGUAUCGAUAAAAAGCCAGGAAGUCGACGACGUUUCGGAAUAGUCGUUGACGAGCGAGCGUCGACGUGGACGCAUUUAGACGGCAAGAUUACGCGGUGCUCGACGACGUCACAUGGCCGUCACUACAACGAAUUCGUCUCCCUUCGUCUGUGCUGUAGUUUAUUUACGGCGGACCCGAUUCGAUUCGAUUAUUUUCCUUUCUGCCGUGUGUGUUUCAUUCUGCUUGCGUCCAUCGCAAACGUGUCCUUCGUGAGGGGAUGGACCGAGGAAAAAUAAAUGAGCCAGCAAAUCAAAGGGGGUUCUUUUCCUUCUUCUUACGUGUCCGGUGAGCAAUCCGUUUGCGUCAUGUUGAACGACGAGGAAAGCAAGCUGAUAUUCCUCAACAUCGCCAAUCCGAAGACGGAACUGGAGAAUUUGCACCCGGAUGCUUUUGUCAUUAUGUACUCUGUGAUCGAUAAGGCAUCCUUUCAAAGAGCCGAAGAAUACUUGGAACGUCUUCAUGAUCAGGAUUUCCUUCAAGGAAAGCCAGCUAUAUUAGUUGGUAACAAAGUAGACCUGGUUCGAUCCAGGGUGGUCUCUUCUCAAGAUGGCAAAUGCAUGGCGUGCACUUACCGAGUGAAGUUCGUCGAAAUCUCCGUAGCCAUCAACCACAACGUGGACAACCUCCUAGUCGGCAUCCUGAACCAGAUUCGUCUGAAAAACGUGCAGGGCAACGCGGAGAAUCGCACAGGGAACGGCACCAGCGAUGGUGGAGGACACUGGUACAAAUCCAGGGGCGUAGUAAGAGUCAGCAUGAAGGCGAGGCAAAUGUUGACCUGGCUGUUCGGCAAAGAGGACAGCAAAUUCAAGAAUUGCGAGAAUCUUCACGUACUUUAAACCAAGUGGAAGAUCUCGCCACGUACCUGAGGGUAGAUUGUAAGGGCGCGAUUCUUUCCACGUAGCGGAACUCGAAAAUUUCCACACAGAGAACGUAAUCCUGGAUGACAACUGAACACGAUCGUGUAGAGAAAUAUUUGUGAGAAGAAAAAUUGCGGAUAUUUGUAGCGUUUUGGGAAUGGCCAGUUUUGUUAGUAAUUUGUUGACAGAUAGUUAAAUGAAAUUUACAUUUAAAUUUUAACUUAAAUUUUUAACGAAACUUUGAUUUGUAAUUUUUUAUGAU